AUGCCGGCAACGUGCCCUGGCGAAAUAACGAUCGAGAAGACACCUAAAUACUUCAUAGCCAAACGGACUCCGGAGCGUAUCCAUAAGAUGAAUCCGGAUACGAAGCUGAUCGUCGUCGUCCGGGACCCGGUCACUCGGGCAUUAUCCGAUUAUGCGCAAAACGCUUCAAAGAGACCGCGGAUGCCGUCAUUCGAGGAAAUGGCCUUUAUUAGUCGCGACCAGGGGUCAGCGAUCGUCAACCAGUCGUGGCACGCCAUAUCGAUCGGACUCUAUCACAAGCACGUGAAGAGAUGGCUGAAAUACUUCCCGUUGAAACAGAUGCAUUUCGUCAACGGCGAGAGGUUGAUCACUAACCCGGUCGAAGAGGCAAACCUCGUCGAGGACUUCCUCGGUCUCGAAAGGGCUAUCGGCCCGAACAACUUUUUCACCGUUCGUCGAUCGGGCAAAAGUUUCCCUUGUCCACGGAAACACCCGAAACAGCCAAAGUGCCUUGGCAGCACCAAGGGUAGAAAGCAUCCUGUGAUUCCCGGUCACCUUCUGCGGACACUGUACAGUUUCUACGAAACGCCCAAUCUGCUGUUCUAUCGCCUGGUCCGAAGGGAUUUUUCAUGGCAGUGA